UCGCCUCCAAAUCCCAAACUCCCAUUUUGUCCUUUUUUUGUCCCGUUUGCCGUCUAUUUGGGUUUGUUUGUCGGCAGGCCGCUUCCCGCUUGACGCGAGUCACAUUUCAAGGAUGAAUUGAUUUGCACGAGAGCGGCAUUAUCAGGCAGAGCGAAUCAAGAGAAGAUCUUUCCUUUUCCUGUGAUUAAAAAUCAAGCAAGUUGUGAAUUUUCCGGCGUGACCUUUUUUGUUACAUUUCAGAUUCAAACUCCCAUGACUUGCUUAAAGGAACGAAAGCGUCCAGACGAACAACUUCUGUUUCUUUUUAGAUAAACAGGAUACAUUGUGUGUCGUUAAUGAUGAGUGAAGUUGUUCCGUUUAUCGCUGUCGUGUGAUUUUGUGACGCAUUUCCAGUCUGGGGAGGCCAAAUCUUGACUCAUUGACUCUGGUCAGCAGCUUUUCUUCAUUCGCCCCUUCAAACGAUAGCACCAAGGUGGGGCGCAACAUUCCAGCGCCCCCUGCUGGCUGCUGUCACAUUCUGGCUUCGGCGGUCCAAUGAAGUCAAGUGGUGACGGGGCGCCGCUGACCUCGACUCGGGACGCCGUGAGCCGGUGGGGAGAAUACUUCGAAGACCUCCUCGAUUCCACCGGCACGCCUUCCCCUGAGGGAGCAGAGUCUGGCUUCUCUGAGGCGGGUUCUCCUAUCUGUGGGGUCGAGGUCGCCGAGGUGGUUAAAAAGCUCCUCGGUGACAGUGGCUCCGGAUCGGCAGACUGGGGUGGUGGUUCCCCUUUUUAAGAAGAGGGACCGGAGGGUGUGUUCCAACUACAGGGGGAUCACACUCCUCAGCCUCAGCCUCCCCGCUCGCGCGGCGCCAUGUCGUCCAACAUCCACGUGUCCCUGGACAACCCGUACGGGCGGGUGAGCAUCCCUCGCGCCAAACUGCGCACGUCCGCCGACGCCGCCGCAGUCAUCGCCAAUCCGGCGGCGCUCAACGGGAACGACCCCGACCCCUACCCCUACGUGGCCCCGGCGCCGUCGUAUUUGGUGAAGGACGCCGAGGAGGACGGCGGCGGGCGCUACACCUGUUGCUACCGAUGCCGGAGGAGGAAGUGAUGUCACGGCCGGACGCCGCGAGAUCGCUUGCCUACGUUAACGAAAGACGUCGACUGAAGUGAAGUGAGAUGGCCGCUAGGUUGCUAGCAGCUAGCAGCUAGCCUCGCACAACUGACAAACCUCCCGUUGAACUCUUAGAAAACUCUGAAAAUGAAAGACUGACGGCGUCAUUGUUUAAAAAAAAAAAAAAAAGAAUAGACUUGUUAUCCG